UGACUCGACCAGUUAGAGCGACACGGCGUGCGAACGCUCGACGAAAAAAAAAAACCCUCGCGGCAGCACCCAUCUCUCGUUCCGAACUCGCCGGCGACGAGUGGCCCCAUGGCGGACGGCGGCGAGAUGGACGAGGAGGCGAUGAUGCGCGCCUUCUUCCCGACCUCAUUCGGCAAGGCGCCCGCCCGCCCCAGCGCCGCCUCCCACUCCUCCACCCUCCGCAAGCCCCAAAACCCUAGCUCCAACCCCUCCACCUCUACCGCCGCCGAGGAGGACGAUGGCGGUGGCGCCGUUGUCGGCCCCCCUAGGCCGCCCCAGGCCUUGGCUCGUAUUCCGGAGGAUGAUGAGGAGGGUGGCGGUCUGAUUGGGCCGCCUCGGCCGCCACAGCGGCCGUCUGCGCACGCGGAGGCGGAGGACGAGGACGGCAGCAUGGUUGGGCCGCCUCGGCCGCCGCCGUCGAAGGAGGGGGAUGAGGAGGAGGAGGACGAGGACGAGGAUGAUGACGACGACGACGAUGAUAUGGAUGACGAUGGGGAGGAUUUCGGCAGGAUUCCCCUCAGCAACGAAAUUGUUCUGCGGGGGCACACCAAGGUGGUCUCAGCCCUUGCUGUUGACCCUACAGGAUCCCGAGUGCUCUCCGGCAGCUACGAUUAUACUAUACGGAUGUAUGACUUCCAAGGCAUGAAUUCAAAGCUACAGUCAUUUAGGCAAUUAGAACCUUGUGAGGGGCAUCAAGUUCGUAGCCUAAGCUGGAGUCCGACAUCGGACCGAUUCUUAUGUGUCACGGGUUCUGCUCAGGCCAAGAUAUAUGACCGAGAUGGGCUUUCGCUUGGUGAGUUUGUUAAGGGUGAUAUGUAUAUCCGUGAUCUGAAGAAUACAAAGGGUCACAUUUCUGGACUAACUGGUGGUGAAUGGAAUCCCAAGUCAAAAGAAACUAUAUUGACCUCAUCGGAAGAUGGAUCAUUACGUCUCUGGGAUGUUUCAGACUUUAGCAGUCAAAAGCAGGUCAUCAAACCUAAGUUAAAAAGACCAAUGCGAAUUCCUGUUACUUCAUGUGCAUGGGAUCAUGAAGGCAAGCGGAUUGUUGCUGGCGUGGGGGAUGGUUCCAUUCAGCUCUGGACCAUAAAGACUGGAUGGGGAAGCAGACCAGAUAUUCAUGUUGAAAAAGCACAUACAGAAGAUAUCACUGGGGUUAAGUUUUCUACUGAUGGGCAGAUUCUUCUGUCAAGAAGUAUGGAUAGUACUCUAAAGAUAUGGGAUUUGAGGAAAACGAAGAGUCCUUUGAAAGUGUUUGACGAUCUGCCUAAUAACUAUGCGGAGACAAAUGCUUCAUUUAGUUCAGACGAGCAACUCAUUUUUACAGGAACCUCUGUUGAGAAAGAUGGCAGAAAUGGAGGCCUACUUUGCUUCUUUGAUAGAAGGAAACUAGAGCUUGUAUCAAGGGUGGGAAUUUCACCACAUUACAGCGUGAUAAGGUCGCUCUGGCAUCCAAGGAUUAAUCAGGUGUUCGCAACAGUUGGGGACAAGAAGGAAGGUGGGACUCAUAUCUUGUACGAUCCUUCUGUUAGUCAGAGGGGAGCUCUUGUGUGUGUUGGACGAGCACCAAGGAAACAAUCUGUUGAUGAUUAUGAGGUGCAACCUUUAAUACACAAUCCACAUGCACUGCCUCUAUUCAGAGAUCAACCAAGCCGUAAACGCCAAAGAGAGAAGAUGAUGAAAGACCCCCUCAAAUCACACAAACCAGAAGCACCUGUUAGUGGUCCAGGGUUUGGUGGUAAAAUUGGCACGACAAAAGGCAGCUUGCUGACACAGUAUCUCAUGAAGGAGGGUGGUUUAAUUAAGGAGACAUGGAUGGAUGAAGAUCCAAGAGAAGCAAUUUUGAAAUAUGCGGAUGCUGCAAAGAAUGACCCAAAGUUUAUUGCGCCAGCAUAUGCUCAAACUCAGCCGGAAACAGUCUUCGCAGAGUCUGAUUCCGACGGUGAAGAGAAAAAAUAACAUGUGGAUUGACCAUCAAGUUUCUUGCAUGAGUCCUGCAACAUGUACUUUUACUGAGGAGAAACUAUAGAAUGCGGUAAGUGUCGAAUACGAUGGUACCCCAGCAUGUCUUCUCAGUUCCGAGUGUUAUAUCUGUAUGUAUGUUGGUAGGUUUAUGCAAUUGUACUCCCUCCGUAACAAAAUAUAAGUCGUUUUUUAUGCCCUAUGCAAAACCCAAAAACGUAUUACAUCUUGAUACAGAGGCAGUAUUAUGCAAUGGAGAUAGGCAUAGUUUAUGGCUUGCAAAUAACACAAUUGCUACAUCCCUAUAUUCACUAGUUCAAUCACCCAACUUGGAAACUGAGUAGGAGCUCUGACACUCACAUUAGAGGUAUGAGUUAGACUUGAACCCAGGUGGUUUUUUGCUAACACUACUGUCCACUCAUGAAAUAAUGCGCUGCUAUUCAUCUUAGUAUGCCUGUGUGCGGUGUGUUGCAAUCGGGAGCACUUGUCGAACUGCAGUUGUUCUUGUACUCCCUCUUGUAAACUAAUCUAAGACGUCUUAUAUUUUUUAAGACUUUAAGUUCACCGUCCUUGGGAUUAGUUACUAAUCCAGAGGGAAUGCCCCGUAAAAUUUAAUAUAUCUUUUUGACGGUUGAACUUCUCAUGUAUUUACUUGGCAGUCUUUUUUUUCUUUCUGUAUUUGAUUAUUGAACUAUUUCAUAAAAUUCGCAACCAUUGGGAGAUCGGUUUUUUCUGAAGAUACCCAGGGAAAAGUUGUCGCACAGGAAAACUGUUGCAACAAGAUGGGUCCAUCAAGCUCUUUUUUUUUUUUUUGGAACAGAGGCAAAAGACUUGCCUCAGGUAUUAAAAAAGGAGGGGAGUUCUACAGUGUAGGAAAAGGCUUUACAUCAUAGCCCGUCCGAACACACGGUAAACGACAACUACUCUUGCGGCAUAUGAUGUUGCUCAGGUGUCUCGCUUCUGCCGUGACCCAAAGCUUUACUUCAUCCUGGAUCAGUUUGAGGAUGUAUAUGGGUGGCGUAUAUUUUUUUCUGAAGACUAUAGCGUUUCUCCCAUUCCAGAUUACCCAACUGACAAGCAUAGUCAGUGAAGCACAAGCAUAGUCAGUGAAGCGAUGAGAUUACCCAACUGACAAGCAUAGUCAGUGAAGCACAAGCAUAGUCAGUGAAGCGAUGGCCUUCCUGUUCAUCGUGUUUGGUUUUGACAUGCUUGUCCACCAAUACUUGACGUUCUGCUCAGUCAGCCAUUGGCGAGUGUCAAGUGACCAUCAAGCUCCUUUGUCAAGUGAAUGAAGAUUAACAAACCAGAUUCAUGUUACAACAGGAUGAGCAUUUUGCUGUAUAACCAGUUUACCAGCCAUUAUCCAUGAUCUGCACGCUUGAUCCAGUGUAUUGCCAUUAGUUCACGAGAAAGCUGUACUGUUUUUCCUUC